AAUGAAGGACGAGAUGAUAUUUGGAUUAAGCGGCUUGCCGUAGUGCGCUAACGUCAUCAAACGGCCAUUUAUAUAAUUUGGCGGUUUUGGCGAAUUUGUUGUCAGUUUGUUCGCGUUCGCACCUUCUUUGGUACUCUGCUGAAGAAAAAAUGGAGCGUGGAAGACUGAGUCGGAUCACAGGAAGCAGGCCGUCAGACUUUCCUAUGCGAGUGCAAGACAGCAACAGGAAGAGCACGGCGUACACAACACCCCGCAGCAAACAACCUUCAUUCGGAAUGCUCAACAUACCCAAACCGCAGUCUGGGACGUCUGAGAGAAGGACAAGCUUUUUUGGUCCACGCAUGAGUGGAGCCGGCAUGCCGCGUACAAGCAGCAUGUCUGGAUUUGGAGGGACUGAGAAGGUCAAAGACGCUCGGCCGCUACAUGACAAGUCUUACGUGCAGCAGUGCAUCAGACAGCUCCAUGAGUUCUUGACAGAGCAGGGCUACCCGGGCAGCUUGUCCCCCAAGACUCUCCAGUCACCUUCCACCAAAGAGUUUGUCAAGAUAUUUGAGUUCAUCUACCGACAGCUGGACCCCACUUUUGAAAUGCCCAACUCUAAAGUGGAGGAGGAGGUUCCGGCUCUCCUCAAAGCCCUCAGAUAUCCCUUUGUCCUCUCCAAGUGCUCUAUGUACUCUGUUGGUGCGCCACAUACGUGGCCUCAGGCGCUGGGUGCUCUUAUGUGGAUGAUCGAUACAGUGAAGAUCAACUGGAGCCUAAGCAAACAGGACCUGCUCUUCAGUGACUUCUGUGAGGACAGCGAUAACGUUGAGGAGUGUGCCGAAUACAACAAGCUCUUCCUCGAUUACACCGCCGAUACGUACUCUAAAUUCCUGCAGGGUGCCGACACCUUUGAGGACGAUGACGAAACUUUCCUCACUAAACUGAAGAAGCUGUACAAUGUUGAUGAAGACCUUCUGACCUCCACGGAGGAGAAGAACAGGAUACUGACUGAAGAGGUUGAACGUCUGGAGAAGGAAAGCCAAAAGGACCGUCUAACGACCAAAAGGAUGGAGAAGAUGAAGCUGCAGUUGGACCUCAAGAAGCUUCAGGAGUAUCGCAGCAAUCUGGAGUCCUUCCAAAAAAACCUGCGGGCCAAAGACUCUGAGCUGACUGAUGAGUUGGACAACGCUGCCAGCUCUCUCGAGUCCCUCAAACACCAGCAAGUUGACCUGCAGAACAUCCUGCAGAAACAGAAGUUCACGCCGGCUGACGUGGAGAGGAUCAACAGAGAGAAACGGGAGCUCCAGCACACCAUCGACACUCUCAACAAGUCUCUGGAAAAUGCGCAGCAGCACAAGUGGAACGAGGAGAUCGCGCUGGCCAAAGUAAAAGAGAAGGCUGACUUGAAACUGGCCGAGUACCACAAUCUGGCCCGUAAACUCAAGCUGAUACCAAUGUCAGCGGAGAACGCUGGCGGUCGCGACUUUGAGCUCAGGCCGUUCGACAGCGGACCAGGAAACAUUCAAUUUAUGACACAAACACAGAAUCUCUUGAAAAAAUAUGUCCACGACGUGGAGGAGGAGAACAGUCGACUGGCCAACACAAAUCUCAGCCUGGAGGAAGCUUGUGAGCAGUUGAACUCGGACAUCCUGGACAAGAACAAUGACCUGAAACAGCUUAAAGAGCAGAUCCGCAAGCUGGAUGAACGCUGGGUUUCUGGCCAGGAGGACCUUGUCCGAGAGGAGCAGGACUGGGCAGCCGAGAUGGAGGCGGCCGAGAACCAUCGCCAACUCCUGGAGAAGAAGGUCAACUACGGCUACGAUGAGGCCGUGCAGCAGCUGAAGGCGACUCAGCAGCAGUACCACAUUGUGCAGCAGGAGACCAAUGAAGAGAGGCGGAGCGUCGCCAACAACCUGACUGCUGUAUUUACAUUAGCAGCUGAGGAGUUAUCCGUCACAGAGAGUUCCCUGGAGAACCUGCAUGUCCAAGUACAGCGUCUGUGCUCGAAGGCUGUGGAGGACGACGAGGCGACCGUGCACAAACUGAGGGAAAGGAUGAGCAAAAACGAAAGACGAUAAGCCUGGAAGGAAGUGUUUGCAAUGUUUGCAAGGUGUGUGUGUAAUGCAUAAAAAAAUAAAAAAUAAACAUUUAACCCAUC